CUCACACCAAGUCAGACCAAGAGUCAGCUUCCCUCACCACCAUCAUUUUUUCAUCUCUCCUGGAAUCUCACCAUGGAUAUCCCCAUCCAGUACCCCUGGUAUCGCCGGGCCUUCCCACAUCGACUCUCUGACUUCUCCAUGACAGAACCUCUCACCGAUUGGCCCCUGAUGUGGCCCUUCUCCUGGUCCUUCCCCUGGAUGCGUCCUUCGUUCAUGCGCUGGUUCAACUGGCCUGACAAUGGACACAGUGAGAUGCGCACAGAAAAGGAUCGCUACGUCAUUUAUCUGGACGUGAAGCAUUUCUCCCCCGAAGAGCUGUCUGUCAAUGUUAGCGACGAGUUCAUCACAAUACACGCCAAACACGAAGAAAGACAGGACGAUCAUGGCUAUGUGACAAGAGAGUUUCUGAGGAAGUACAGGCUUCCUUCUGGUGUGACAGUGGCCGAGGUCACCUCCAGUCUGUCAUCUGAUGGUGUGCUGACAAUCACGGCUCCUCGGCCAUCUCCUGGCCCAGAGCGCAAUAUUCCUAUUACCUGUGAAGAUGGAACACAGAAAAAAUAAAACGUAGGGCAGAGUCUAACGCCCAGACACAGUUUCGCAACUAACCCUAAGUGCUGCCUGUUUUUAUAUUUAACCUGUUACUGUUCUGUUGGCAGUUCAGUGCACAUACAAGUCAGGCAUACAUGUCUGGAUGUCUUUGAAGUGCAAGUGCCUUCUAAUAAACCAGUAUCCUAACUCAUUUUUAUUCUAAUGUCUCUGCAAGACAGGGGUGCUUUAAUGUUGAAAAUCUUGAGGCCAUGUAAGUGAGUCUGUUUAACAGCGUACAUGACUUCUUUGUGGACACUUGAGAUGCAGAAUAUUGAGAACCUGACAGGUGAUUUCUCUGUCACAAGACAAAAUAAUCCUUUAAAUUCCUUCUUUCUGCUUAACACAUGCAGUCAUUUUUUGAUAUUUCCUUUCCCUUGAUCAGGCAUUUGAACGUUAAACAGCAUCUGUGCUGGCCCUGCAUUUCCUGACAAAGCUGUAAGCGUUUGUUAACUGAAUCACUAGCUUGCAGUCGGUUCAAGUGAAUUGGAAUCUGAAGAUUUAAACAUACUAAAAUUGUUAAACAAAACUGUACCGAGUGAGUGAGUUAGAUGCCAACUGUUGUUUUUUUUCUGUGAGAAUAGUGCUGGUUUCUGUAUGUGUGAGCAGGAGGUUCUCUGGAGGCAGAUGCAGUCAUUUUUAGUUUGUUUACCAAAAAAAAAAUAAAUCAUUUUGAAAAAGCCACCAAAGGACUUGGGACCAGGUGCGUUGAGAGGAAGACAGCGAGCGAACAGGCGGGAGGGAAAGUAGUGGACGAGGAGACAGACAGCUUUUUAUCACUGGGCUCCUUUUCCACUGGGGAGCUCUGAGCUGCUAAGGACAGAGUGUGUAAAUGUAUGUGAGUAGGUGCAUUUGUACCUGUAGAUGCAGGAGUUACAUCUCUGUUAUAUUGACAACAAGCCUCUGGAAUAUUACCCCAAGAAACAACAAAUAGAAUAAAUGUUUCAUCUCCAAUUCA